AUGCUGGUAAAAUUAAUUGCUCUAUUGAAAAAAGAUGCAAUUCUGGCGACUCGGAGCAAAGUAUGGACUCUCUUCGAACUCUUACUUCCUGUUUUUAUUCUCUUCUGUGUGAAUGGCAUGAUGACACAGAUUGCCGAGCAAAUGAAAAAGGGGACCAGUGACAUGAAGGACAUUUCGGAGGUACUGUCAAAGUAUUCUCUCGAAUCUCAAAUCUUUUACAAAGCACCAGAAAGUUGUGGAAUGAAAGAGUUGUCAACGAAAAUCUAUUUUAGAAAAGGUAAUGAUGACAUCUAUAUGCAGUACGACCAUGGUCAAUUCGUAAAUGUCACCGGAAUGAAAAUGUCAGUUGAUGACGCUAAAAAGAAGCUCGGAGAUUGUGAAUAUGCAACUAUGUUGGUGGACAAGUCAGGAAAAGAAAUAACUGUACAUGUUGCAGUGGCUUCAACAGAUAUUCCAAGGGAGGACUUCAAAGGCGCUAUGGAGAGAAAUUCUGACAAGUACAUGUUCUCUUCAGUAUUCAUUCAAACUAUCAUUGAUGGUCAUCAGGAAGAUAAGGAGAGAGGAUGGUCGGAAAGUGUUAAUGUGCAGAAAAUCAGUGCUAGAGAUAUUGAGAUUCCUGAAGUCGCACUCCCAUUUUUCCAUGCAAUUAUUGGUCUUAGUAUGAUGGUUACUGUAGUUAAUGUAGUCAGAACUGUUGUAACUGAAAAGUCAACUGUUAAACCGUAUUUAUCUGCAAUUGGUCUACCUGGUUGGCUGUUUUAUACCGAGCACUUCAUUGCCACUUUCCUCAAAUCCCUCAUCACGUGUAUCGGAUCGAUGAAAUUCUUCAUGGGUCUCACGUAUACGAAUCUCGGAGUUAUGAUGAUUGGUGCUGUGUUUUAUAUCAUCGGUGCUAUCGCUUUUGCUAUUCUUUUCUCCGCAAUUUUCACUAACGCUAAACGUGGAAUUGAAGCUUCAUUGGUCUGUUGGGUCCUUGCUGUCUUCUAUCCAUUAUCACAAGAUGAAGAUAGUUUAAGUCUACUGUACUCUCUAAACAUCAACUUUGCUUAUCACUAUUUCCUGAAGAAAGCACAAGAAAACUCGUUGGCCAACAAUAAAAUGUCAUUUGACUCACUGUUUGACAUGACAUAUAUCGAGGGAACUGCUCCUGGAUAUUACUUUCUUAUGGUAAUUUUCGACGUUGUUUGGAUGGUGGCAGCAGCUUUGCUGUACGAUCGUUAUGGAGGAAAACUAUCUGGUUUGAAAGAUAUGUUUGGCGGAGGAAAAAGAAUGAAAGGAGGAGGCGGUGAUCGAGAUGUGAUCUUGGAAGGAUGUAUUGAAAAUGUGAAAAUGAGAAGUAAAGCAGUAUCCGACGUGGAAUUGAGUAAUGUUGUGAAGAUCUAUCCAACUGGAGAAAAAGCCGUGAAUGGUCUUUCAUUUCGUGCAAUUCGAGGACAAGUAUCGAUUCUUCUUGGUCAGAAUGGAUGUGGAAAAAGUACGACGUUCUCGAUGAUUUCUGGAGUUGCACAACCCACUUCAGGUUCGAUCAAAGUGGCUGGAGUUGAUGCGGUUCGUAAUAAAGACAAAGCUCGAAAGUUCAUCGGUUUCUGUCCACAAUACAAUCCACUUUAUGAUCGACUGACUGUUCUGGAACAUCUUGAACUCGUGAAUGCACUGAAAGAGGGUCCAUCUCAUUUGUUCCUUGGAGAAGCAAAACAACUCCUUCAAGCAAUUCGAUUAGCCGAUAAAGCUGGAACUCACGCAGCCAAUCUAUCCGGAGGAAUGAAGAGAAAGCUAUGUGUUUGUAUGGCAAUGAUUGGUGGAAGCAAGGUUGUUUUAUUGGAUGAGCCGACGGCUGGUAUGGAUCCAGGAGCAAGAAAAGAUGUACAGAUGAUGUUGGAAAAGAUUAAAGUGAACAGAACGAUCCUUUUGACAACUCAUUACAUGGACGAAGCUGAGAGACUUGGUGAUUGGGUUUUCGUGAUGUCGUAUGGAAAAAUGGCAUCGAGUGGAUCUUUGAACUAUCUAAAGAAGAAAUUCGGUUCUGGAUACGUUCUGACAGUCGUUUUAGAUGUGAAAAGUGAUAGGAAACACUCUACAAGACUUGUCAAAGAAAUAUGUCAUCAUCUUAUUCCUGAUUCUAAAUUGAAAGAUCAAAGAGGUCAAAUGAUUGAAAUGACACUUCCAGAAGACGAUAAGAAGAAAAUUGUUCCCCUACUGAAAGUUCUCGAAUCAAUUAUUGCCAAGAAAUACAAAAGUGGACCGAUCAAAAAACUUCCAAGCGCAUUGAAGGAGAAAAUCAAAAAGCUUAGAAUCACUACACUUGGAUUGUCAUUGAGUUCUUUGGAAACUGUCUUCAUUCGUAUCUGUGAUGAGUGUGAUUUGGUAAUUUCGAAGGAGAAUAACUUGGAAGAUAAAAGGGAAAAGGCGGAGCAAAGCUAUGAGUUGUUGAUGGCCAUGAAGAAAAACAAAAGGGUUACCGGAUCGGCACUUCAAUCUGCUCAGUUCAGUUGUUUGAUUCGUAAAAGAUAUUACUAUACUCUUCGAAACAUCUAUCAACUUUUUUUCCAAAUGGCAAUUCCUAUCUUGAUUCUAGUUUUUGGAAUGAAUAUGAUAAAGGACGAGGCAAAUGCAAAACCAAAAACUGAGGAGAAAAUAUCACUUGAUGCCUUUCCAAAAUCAAUAGUUGUUAUGAUGAAAGGAGCUGGAAAAACAGAUCACUAUGAUGAUAUAAAAGGUCAAAUAGAAGGGUUCAAACAUCUGAAAGUGAAAGAACAUGAUGCUGGAAUGAGUCAAGAGGAACUGGUUAAAAAGUACUAUAAAGAGACAUUGGGAUUCAUUGUCAAAGUAGAAAACAACAUUGCAUCUAUCUUUUUCAAUGGUGUUGUAAGUCGGGCGGUUCCCAUUUUGACUACUCUUGCUUCCAACUGGUACGUCAAAGAUGGCGGAUAUAAUGUGAAGAUACACUAUAUAACAUCGAUAACUGAAGAUGCGCAGAAUGAAUUCAUGAUGUACCUCACUAUUCCAUUUUUCCUGACCCUUGGAUUCGCUUUGGUUACUGCACCGUUCGUACAAUUUUCAAUUGAAGAACGGGUCUGUAAAUUCUCUCAUCAGCAGCAUCUCACAGGAAUGUCUAAAUUGAUCUUCUGGUCGGCUAAUAUUCUCUGGGAUGCUUUGGUUUUCAUUAUAUUUGCUGCUGCCACAAUCAUGAUUUUCUUUGCAUUCAACAGGCUAACAGAUUCCAUACCUUUAAUUCUUGUUAUGUACGGCCUCCUUCUUGCUGCCAUUAUUCCAAUCACUUACAUGGCUUCUCUGAUCUUUGAAUCCCCUACCAAAGCUUCAACUCUUCUAGUUCUUUAUCAAUUAGUUCUUGGAAUCAUUAUCGUUAUUACUGUAAUGAUUAUGAGCUUCCUGAAAUCGAAAAAGACUAGUUUUGUGACGACAAUCUUUUACAUAAUCUGUCCUCCAAGUGCUUUUCUUUUUGGCUUUUUUAAAGUAACAGUCAGCAAAGCGAUCGAAAAAGAUCCAGCUGGUAUUCUAUCUCAAUUGAUCGAUUACAAAGAUCUUUGGGAGUGGAAUGGGCUUCUCCGAGAUGUUUUUUUCCUUGGUUUGGCUUCUCUUGUUUCUACAAUCGUAGUCUAUGCAAUGCAAAACCGUAGUACAAAAGUUGCCAUAUUCGAUUUGAGACACAAAGCGGAAAAGCCGAUUCCUAAGAAACCUGUGCGACUUGCUCCUUGCAAAGCAGUAAGACUCGAGGAGCAACUGGUUCAUAAACCGCAAGUGAAGAACUGCACUGUUGUUGUCAAAGAUCUUGUUCGAGUAUUCGGAAAAUUUCGUGCUGUGAAUGGAGUCUGUUUGACUGUCAGACACAACGAAUGUUUCGGUCUUCUUGGAACAAACGGGGCUGGCAAAACGACCACUUUCGAUAUUCUUACUGGACUACGUUUUCCUAGUGGUGGAUCUGCAAUUAUUGAUGGAAAAGAUGUAGUCAAGCAUAAUUACGUCGGAUACUGUCCGCAAUUCGAUUCGAUUCUCCCCGACUUGAAAUGUAUUGAGGCUCUUGAGAUCAUGGCUCAACUUCAUGGAUACACUAACCCAAAACUGGCAGUUCGUCAUGUUUUGACUUGUGUUGGAAUGGUUGAACAUGCAUUCAAAAACGUUAGAAUGUGUAGUGGAGGACAGAAAAGAAAGAUUUCAGUUGGGAUCGCUAUGCUGACAAGAGCGAAAUGCAUCAUGAUGGAUGAACCUACUGCUGGAAUUGAUCCAAGGGCCCGUCGCGAAAUCUGGGAAAUUCUAGAUUGGAUGCGUGAGAAAUCAGGAAGUUCCAUCGUGUUGACAUCUCACUCAAUGGAAGAAUGUGAGGCUCUGUGCUCCAGAAUUGCAAUUCUACGAAAAGGAGAAAUGAUUGCUCUCGGAACUAGUCAAGAUCUCAAAUCUCAAUAUGGAAAUACCUAUACAAUGACUCUGAUGGUUAAGAAGAUCAGUGAUCGUGAUCGAGUCAUCAAGGGAGUCCAAAAGAAAAUGAAAGAAGCUGUUUUGAAGACUGCAUUGACUAAUAUCACAACUAGUCUUGUAUGGGAAUUGCCGAAGAGACACGGAGACAAAUGGUCGAGGAAAUAUGAAAAGGUGGAGAAAUUGGCGAAGAAGCUUCAUGUGAAGGAUUUCAUGUUGACUCAGUCAUCACUCGAAGACACAUUCAUCACUUUAACUGAUUGA